AUGCCCAAGCAGAUCCUGUUCUGGUAUGCCUAUGGUUUGGCAGGAGAAGUCAGCGACGUGACGGACGGGACGUCCAACCUCCCAAGCAGAGUCUGCGUUCGACCUAUGACGCAUAUGACGCUGUCGUCCUCCUUUUGCAGAGGCAAGAGCCGUGUUCUGCCACUUUGCCCCACGAUGGUAGGAUCUCUCGCUGCACCCAACUCCGCACGGAUCAUUUCUGUGACCAGCCAGCACGUGCUCAAGAGAAUGGUUUUUUGGGAGGACAAGAAGCCUUGUGUGUGGCAAGGCAAGUGCACGUCUUCAAGUGGUUUGGCUCCUUAA